CAGGUCUCUUCCACCAAUGAAAAGGAGUCCGCGGAGUUAGCGGGUAUUGCGGGCGGACAACGACACAUCGGUCAGCAUUCACGCUGACACUCGCAACAUUACUAACUCUCCAGAUAGACCAUUCAUUCACUGCUGCAGCUCCUCAGCUAAUGGUCGCUUCGCGUUUUAUGCUGGUAUAAGACCGAGCGGCUUCACACUGCACAGUUUAACGCUCCUUUAUGACGGGAUUUGGCAUUCUACAUGGUGAGUGGUUUCUGUGUUCUCCAUCCCUCAUUAGCUCACGAGUCCUGCGACUUGAAUUUAUGAAUCUUAGGCAAUCUGAUACCUCCAGUCCUGUGUCUCUGUUCAAAGCAUGAUUUGCCUUGUCGAAGGUGAUGCCCAACUACUACUUAGCAACCCCGGACUGACCCGCCGAGGGGACCCGUCGGUUGGACCCGAGGUUCUCAGCAACCAAUCCAAUCCGUGCAGCAGCCCUGCGAAAGACGUCAGAUCUUCCAUCUUGCAGCUUAGCUCGGAUGACUCAUAUUCAGUCUGUUGGGUUCAAUUUGACCACUGAUUCAGAUUCACCUGAAAUUGAGGUCGAAACUGGUAGAAGUCUUCUAGGAGUCCGCAAGUUCCUUGCAAUACUUCACCAAUGGCCGCCUCGAUUACCGCCCGCAGCGCUGCGUCCGAAGAUGAGAUCAAUCUAUCCAGCACAAUGCCUCGCCUGACAACCAUGUCCGUAACUGAGGACCAUUUAGCGCAAAACUCGACUUGGAAAUCCGCCAUCAUCGUGGCCGCCUCCUUUGUCAUCAUCUUCACCUGCUGUGGUCUCAACUUCGCCUGGGGUGUUUAUCAAGCCCUGUACGAGAGUCUCGCACGAAAGCCCGGAACACCUUUCACCGGAGCAUCCCCGGCAGAGAUCGAUCUGAUCGGUACUAUUUCCGUCUCCCUCAUGACCAUCGGAGGUCCUUUCGCGGUCGCUUGGGCCAAGCGCUUCUCGCCUCGCAUGGUAUCCUUUGCGGGAGGCUUUGUCUUUGGGCUUUCUCUCAUCUUAGCCAGCUUCGGCACAGCGUUGUGGCAUUUUGAGCUGACGCAAGGGUUGCUGAACGGAAUCGGUACCUGCUUGUGCUACAUGAUACCCGUCACCAUUGCCCCUACGUGGUUUACCCAUAACCGAGGUCUAGCAAUGGGCAUCAUCUUAUCAGGCACUGGUGUGGGCGGUCUGGUGUGGGCGCCCGCGUUGAAUGCAUGCGUUAACGCCCUCGGAUUUCGCAACACCCUGCGUCUGACGGGUGGUCUGUCGUUCGCGCUGGUCGCAAUCGCCAGUGGUGCGAUGGCCUGGGAGCCAGCCAGUCAGCGUCGUAUCGCCAUCGAAAACGCCUCGAGGACAAGCCGUGCGGAUGGUAUUUUGAAGGUGCCACUGGUGGACUGGCGCGUUGCCCGGACGCGUCGUUUCAUGGCUCAGGCAUUAGGGGCCAUCUUCCAGGCGGCUGCCUAUUACACGCCGGUCUUUUUCUAUGCCUCGUAUGCGCAAUCCCUUGGAUACAGUAACACAGCCAGCUCGAACUUCAUUGCCCUCAGUAAUGCCUGUAACGCGGUGGGCAAGAUUGUCAUUGGCCAUGUCGCGGAUCGCCUUGGUCGGUUGAAUGCUCUUCUGCUCACCACCUGUCUCAGUGCAAUCGCUACUGUUGCCUUCUGGUUACCAUCCACAUUAACCGGUCAGACGACGCAAUCGCAGGGUCUGUUUAUCACUUUCACCAUUCUGUAUGGUACCUUUGCCAGUGCAUAUGUGUCUCUCUUCCCGACUAGUCUUGUCGAGCUAUUUGGGGUGCAGAAUUUUGCCUCCGUCAAUGGGGUCCUGUACAUGGUUCGUGGCAUGGCCACUAUGGUUGGUACCCCAGUUGGGGGUGUCUUGGUCAGAAGUGCGGCGAAUGCUCUCACUCCGAAGGCAUACGAGAACAUGUCGGUGCUGGUCAGUGCUCUUCUGUUUGCUGCCACAGCUGCAAUAGUCUGGGUGCGUUUGGAGGCAAUGAUUGGGCCUGAUGGACAUCUCCUUUGGAAAUGGCGACAGUAGGAGUAGUAUUCUAUGCGUACAAAUCGGGUUUCUAGGAGACAGAAGCCCACUGCAGAGCCAGUGACAACGUUCGGGGGUACUAGACACUAUAUGUAUCCGAACCCAUAAUGUAUUACAAGAACAAUCUCAACUCAGAGGAAAUCUGACGAAUCACCGACAAUUCGUUCCCUUCCUGCAUGGUCUCCUCAUCAUCUUUUAUUACGAUUUACCCACUCCUGUAAGUGGCUUGGCUUCUUCGUGCCCACGGCAUAGUCACUGUGGCAGAGUCUGGAUCUUCAGCACUACUAGAGUAGGCUGCCACGAGCGUAGAGCAAUUG